AAUUCUGAUGCCGUUGCAGAUGCAGAUGCAGAUACAGAUAUAAUAUCUGCCAGAUAGUACUGCAAUGUGAAAAGCGCGCGCGUGUUUCACAAACAAAUCGAACAAACAAACAAACUUAACAACAACAAUAAUAAUUCCCAAUUGUGUCUGUGCCACUAAUUUCGUUGCAAUAUAAACAACAACAACAACAGGAACACAGCAAACAAAAGCAACUAUUUAGAAAUAAACUAAAGUCCGUGGCCAAGUAACCUAAGACAAAGGACCGCAUUCAUGUGUAGUAUAUAUAUGUAGUAUAUACACGCAUAUGUACAUACUAUACAUGGCCAUAUAGCCGCCACUCCGUCUCCACCACCGUCAUCGUCAUCGACAUCAGCAUCGACAUCAGCAUCGUCAGCAACCGCCGCCAGUUGGUUGUCGUGCUCUACUUGUGCCCAUUGUGGCCAGCAAACUCUUGUCAUCGUAACUCACAAUUGAAUUGUUCCUUUGUUCUGUCGAUGUCCCAAACAUCGCAACGCCGCCGAUUUCAUCUUCUCCAGCGACAAAGCCGGACCUAAAGACAAAGUCAGAAUCAGAAUCUGCACCAGCAAUUUCGCAUAAUUGGCUCCAAAAGUCGCGGCUCAUCCUCGUCUCUCUAUCUCUAUCUCCCUCUCUCUCUCUCUCUCUCUCUGUCUCUCUCCCUCGCACUGUCCUCCCCUCUCCCUUGCUGGGUGUCUGUUAUCCGCUCCCUGUUUCUCCGGCGUUUGUAGUUCACCGCCAGACCAAACGUCGCCAUUAUGCUGGUACCGCCGGACAUGAUGGCUGCCCAAACGCGCAUGAUCUAUCAGAUGAAUCGAUUCUGUGCCGAACGCGUGCAGGCGCGCAUGUUCAAGACAGCGACCGCCAUACGCGAGAUCUGCAAAAUUGUGCAGGACAUACUGAAGGAGGUGGAGUUGCAGGAGCCUCGUUUCAUCUCCAGCCUCGUCGAAUGCAACGGCAGAUUCGAAGGCGUUGAGGUGGUCUCGCCAAAUGAGUUCGAGAUUGUGCUCUAUCUUAAUCAGAUGGGCGUCUUCAACUUCGUCGAUGAUGGCACCCUGCCCGGAUGUGCGGUUCUCAAGCUAAGCGAUGGUCGCAAGCGUUCCAUGUCCCUUUGGGUGGAGUUCAUCACAGCUUCGGGCUACUUGUCAUCGCGCAAGAUACGCGCCCGAUUCCAGACUCUAGUCGCGCAGGCGUGCGACAAGAGCAUCUACAGGGACAUGGUCAAGAUGAUUGGAGACACCACCGAGGUGAAGUUGCGCAUACGGGAGCGCUUCGUCGUCCAGAUAACGCCUGCGUUCAAGUGCUCCGGCAUUUGGCCACGCUCAGCAGCCCAUUGGCCGAUGCCGCACAUCCCUUGGCCGCACCCAAACAUUGUGGCUGAGGUCAAGACAGAGGGCUUCGAUUUGCUCUCCAAGGAAAGCAUUAUAAUGCAGAACAAGAACAACAAUGCAGCCAGCAUGGAGGGUGAUGCCUGGGUGCUGAGUUUCUUUGAAGCCGAGAAUCGUUUGCUCCAAGGUGGCUGCCGACGUCGCUGCCUCAGCAUGCUGAAGACGCUGCGUGACCGACACUUGGAUCUGCCCGGCAAUCCGAUCAGCGCCUAUCAUCUGAAGAAUCUGCUGCUCUACGAGUGUGAGAAGCAUCCUCGUGACUUUGAAUGGGACGAGAGUUGCAUUGCGGAUCGCAUCAAUGGCAUCUUCCUGCAGCUGAUCUCCUGCCUACAGUAUCGGCGAUGUCCCCACUAUUUUCUGCCCAGCCUGGACAUGUUCAAGGGCAAGUCCCCCAGCGCCCUGGAACAGGCGGCCAAGCAGGUUUGGCGUUUGACGCGUGAGAUGCUCACGAAUGCAAAUGCCUUUGAGAAGUUGUAAGUUGCCAGUAGUUGUGUGUGUGUGUGUGUUGUUUCUCUCUGUGUGUGUGUGUGUGUGUGUUUGUGUGUGUUUGUGUUGAGUGUGCUUGUGAUGUGUGAGAUGAAGUGAAAAUGAUUCAAGGUGCUAAAAAUUUCCAUUGUCGUGGUCGUCGCAGUCGCUACUGCCGUUGCCGUUGCCGUUGCGAUUUGGCUGCUGAGAUAAAAGGCUGCCAUUUUCCAGUGUGCGAGGGCCAAACAAUCGCAUACAGAAGGCGCGAAUCUGAGAGCGUGCGUGAAUGUACACGUAUGAGUGUGUGUGUGUGUGCCCAACACAAAAACAACUACAACAAUAUGCCCAAGUGCUAAUGCAAAGAUACAAGAUAAGAGUCGCAGCAGCACUCGACAAUUCGUUCUACCCUCACAUUUUGCCUUGCCAGUGCCAGUGCCAGUCCCAGUCCCCAGCUCCAGUCCCAUUCCUUCCCAUUCGAGCGUGCUGGCUUAUCCUGCAAAUAUUGUUUUUAAUAACUCACAAUACGAGUAUGUGAUUUCAUCUCUCUCGCUCCCUCAUUGCCCUUUUAUUCCCGAAGAAAACAAAACAAAAAACAGAAAGGCAACACACACAAAAUAAUAAUAACAACGCUCAUACCAAUAAUAAUAAUAUAAAAAAGAGCAUUAGCCAGCGGCUCCUUUCACAACAGCUCAAGUGUGAAAUUUGCAUUCUACUCGCACUACUUACAUACAUACAUACAUACAUACAUAUGUACAUACUUACACGUAUGUACAUGUGCGAGUACGUGCAGAGGAUUUUCUUUACAUCUGUAUACGAUAGAUAAUGCUAGACAUACGUACAUAUAUGAAUAUUAUUUUGCACACACUUAGUGCAAGCAAAAAAAAAACAGAGAUAAAACAGAACAAAUAAUAAUAAUUACUAUUGUAAUGAAAAUCAGUGCAAUUAUAAUAUUUUAAGUUUAACAAAGUUAAAGCGAAAAGAACGAUGUACUUUGGUCAUUGUUAAUGGCUCCAUGACACUGACUGACGAAUUGACUGAAGAGGUGAAUUGUAGGAACCGCAAAUAUUGAUUAUUUCGUUUUUUAAGGAGAAAAAAAGCAUUCACUUAUAGUAGCUUUGAGAAAGCGACGAUUGUACCAUAUCCUUGUUUUAGGAUUUUCCAUGCAUAUUCACCAUGAUUGAAAAUAAAAAAAUUUAU